AUGGUUAAGAGGGCUUCGGUGAAGCUUGAAAAAAGGCCAGCUGAGGCGCCCAAAACUUCCAUGGACAUGGUCUUGACCUUAGCAGAAGCCAUCAGGUUCGGCUAUGCAGAGACACUAGGCAAAUGGAACGUCUUGGAGUUGCUUAGAGCCAUCCUUUAUGCUAUCGCCGACAAGGGUAAGAAAACAGUUGCAAUCGAAUGUGGAGAAAGAGACGAUUGUAAACAACUGAAAGACCCCGAAUUAAAGGAGUUGUAUGAGCUCAAAAAAUGCUUGACACGGGCCAAGCUUUUCAGCAAAAAACGCUUUCCUGCCUUUCUGUUUGCUGCUGGAUUCGUCAAGGAGGAUGUUAUCCUUAGGAAGAGAAGAGCUCGGAUUCUAAAGCCUGCUUUCACUGUGAUACGUGAUAAAGAAUCAAAAUGUUUCUUUGUGUUCAUCCGUGGAACUCAAGUCAUAGAAGACCUCCUGACAGAUGCAAUCGGUGCUCCAGUUUCCUUCAAUCAUUUCAUUUACAGUGAUGGUGAGCUAAAAAGGAACAACAAGGUUUCAGGACAUGGACACCGUGGUAUGGUUGCUGCAGCUCGUUGGAUAAAAAAGCAUUGCACUCCUACACUUCUUGAUGAACUUCGUCGAUACCCCGAUUUUCAAAUCAAGAUCGUUGGGCACUCGCUUGGUGGUGGCACUGCUGCGCUUUUGACAUAUAUGCUUCGAGAGAUAAAGCAGUUCUCUUCAUGCACUUCUGCUUCUGUGUCACUGGAGUUGGCGGAAUAUGGGAAGCCCUUUGUGACUUCCGUUAUAAAUGGUUAUGACAUAAUCCCUACAUUGUCAGCUGCUUCUGUUCAUGAUUUCAUUUCCGAGGGUCUGAUUAAGCGUAAGAAAAUCAUAAAUUCUGCUUUUAGGGCAAUUGGAUCUCGCAUACCAUUUGCAUCUAAUGCAAAAGCCUUAGCAGAUCAUGCAGUAUCCCGUGGCACCGAGGUUGUGAUGAAGAGUCAACAAAGAACUCGGUCACUGAUAAGCUGGCCCCGACGUGAGAAUACUGUUCCAUUGACAACCUCAAAAUCAGAAAAUUUGGCUGAAGCCUCUCGACUAUCACAUUCCAGUUAUGAAGUGACUGAAGAGAUAAAAAUCUCCGAGUUUACGAGCGAUGAGGACGAGGGAUCUAAAUACUCCAGUGAAGGAUCUGAUAAUGAUGACAUGGAUGACGAGGAGGAGCGAAUCAUAUCUGCCACUCGCAACAUUACUACUCCCACUGCCUCUGACGAUGAAUUGAAUAAAUAUUUGAAGGAAGUUCAACUAGAGGCGCAGGAUGACACCCCUAACAUUCAUGGUGCCAAUGAAAAAGAAGUAGCAACAAAAGAAGGCAUCACAGAAGCAGAGAAGAAUGAUGAGGUUGUUCAUGGUGAAGAAACUGGAGGUGGUGCUGUGGCAACAUCAGACAACUUGAAAAGACAUCCUCUUUAUCCACCAGGAAGGAUCUUGCAUAUUGUCCCUGCACCUUCCUCUGAAAAUUCUAUGUCAAACGACUAUGAUGAUGCCGACGAUAAGCAUGUCUUGUUGUAUGAAACGGCUAGAGAACUGUAUGGAAAGCUCAGACUUUCAAAACCGAUGAUAGUUGAUCAUUUUACAAGCAGGUAUCUGAAGGCGUUACAACAAUUAAUCAAUCAACAACACGAGAAAGAGAACUCCCAACACGGUGGAUAA